AAACCCUAACUGGUGGUAGAGAGAUGUAGAAACUACACAGAAACACAUUCUUCAUACUUAAAUUCCCACAGACGUUGUUUGAUGGCAGAAUGAAGUGAUUGUGAACACCAGUGAAGCUUUUAUGUCAGUACAGAAUGAAGAUCCAGCUCCUCCUAAUCACCACCUUCUACCUGAUCUCAGGUCCAGUGUACUGUUUGGAUGUGACUGGUUUCCCAGGAGGUCACGUCAUAAUUGACUUCAAACACAAAAUAAAUUGGAGAUCUACUGUGUAUUUUUGCAAAUUAAAACCAGGCCAUCAGUGUGAAAGGAUAAUAGAAGCUCGGGGCACAGAGUUGAUCAGAGAUGGUCAUAAGGGCAAAUUUACUCUGAUUUUCUCUGAUCAAAGUCUUACACUGAUAAUCAGAACCCUGAGGGUAGAGGAUACUGGACUGUAUCAGGUUGGAGAACACAGUGUGUGGAAUCAGGACAUUAACCUGAAACUGAACCGUGACCCGUGUUGCAGUGAGAUGAAAUCAGUAGCAGGUUCUUUGGGACAGAAUGUGACGAUCAGCUGCUCCUAUCCAGAAGAGUUUGAAAGAAAUAUAAAGUCUUUCUACAAACAGAACAAUCGCUCUUUAACUGAAAUAAUCAGCACCAGUGAAACAGACCCACAUCAGGACGACAGAUUCUCCAUUUCUGAUGACGUGAGGAAUAAAGUGUUCAGUGUGAACAUUAAUGAUGUGAGAGAAGACGAUGGAGGAGUUUAUUUCUGUGCAGUUGUUAAGGAUGAGACUGAGAUCAUUUCUCACUCGCUCUUCACAACAAUACAUCUCCAAACUACUGAAGCAGCGCAAUUCACAACCAAAAAUCCAGAUGUUCCAUCAGACACACCUGAACCUGCAGGUUUCUCAAUUGCUACCAUCACCAUCAUCAUCUCCACCACUGUGUGUGUCUGUGUGGCCCUGCUGCUGGUGGGAGGCUUUUUACUAAUCUUCAAGAUUAGAAGAAACAUGAUACAAGGUUCUGCCGCAAUGAACCAGCGAUCAGAAGCUAAUAACAUGACUUCUGAUUAUGAAAAUGAGACACCUCAGAUUCAGAACAUCAGAAUGCAGCUGGUCUACCAAAACCUAAAUACCAACACCAACCAAUUUGAUUCAGUGUACCAGAGUUUAGACACUAACACAAACCAAUUAGAUUCUGUUUACCAGAGUUUAGAUGGCAACAUCAACUAAUUAGAUUAAAUUUACUGGACAUAAGACCCAGGUAUCUUCAACACCAAUCAGAUUCAUUCUACUAAAGUCCGCCAAGCUACAUGAACCAGGGUAAAGACUUCAACACCAAAGAAGAUUCAGACUACCUAAACCUCACUCCCAAUACCAACAGAUCUGUUGUGCUAAAACUCACUUGAAUGUCAAACUAAAAUCAUUCACUUAUAUACUAUAAACUUUUUACUACAACAAAAUGAAGAAAUAAAUUGUUUUAAUGAAUAAAUAGAAACUUUAUAUUGUGUUAUAAUCAACUAUAUAAUAAUCUGUCAACUCGAGCAAUAGUUGUCAAAACAUACUGUAUCUGCUUUACUAAUCAGCAAUGUAGUGUAUGGAAAAUUCUUCAUGCUUUUUUUUUGUUGUUUUAACAGUAAUCAGUUGCAGGUCAGUGAUUUUCAGGCCCAAUGCUAAGGCAGUUUCACAGUAUAUAAAACAACCAGGAGCUUUCCCCCCUAAUGUUCAUAUGCCAACUAGCUUUUUGCUACCAGAAAGAGCUACCAUCCCUGAACAUUAAAGACUACCAUGUGUUUUCACCAAGCCACUGUACUUUCUCCAGCUGCUGCUACAACACAAAACAGCUGAACAACUUUUAUGUAUGAUGACUGGUCACUGUCACUGUCAGUAACUCCAGGCCUGUUCUCCUAAACUUCUAGCCAAUAAUGACUGUGGAUUUUCCUGACCAUAAUAAAAUAUCCUGCUGAGUUCUGUACAUUUUGAUAGCUAAACAUUAUUGUGUAUAAAACCUUCUGGCUACUUAAAUGUGUAAUUUCAACAUUAGAAUACAUUUUUGCUUUGUUUAAAAAAGUCUGCUUUUCUUUUAAAAAUGUGUAUUGCA